GAAUUAAGAGGAUGGCGCCAGACUCCUGUCCAAACCUAGCCAUGAAUAACCAAACCGUACCAUGUAACUGACUGACAGAUUGAGGAGGAGGGUAAAAAGAGGGCAAACCUGUUCCUUUUUUAUGAUAGGGCAUCUCUUUUCUAUUCACUAACCGGUGUGUGCGUGCAUCCGGAGAAUUUUUUUUCUUAGCCCUGCCGGGUGCAGGGCCGGCUGCUUUUGAUGGCCUGGUACGGCAAGAUUUCAUUUCGUAAGUCGGCAGAUAUGAGGCGAUCGCAUGCACACGGACAUGAGUCCGACAGGACGGUUCGAGAGAUAAAGGAGCUCAAAAGGAAAAGUCAAAUGGUUUUUGCACAGAAUGGAAUUGAUUUUUCUCAGAUCGUUGACAUCAAUCUUGAUGAGGAUCCCGGGGAUUCAUCGCUUGAGGAAGAGGUUCAAGAAUCACCUCAUGCAAAGGAAUAUCAAGCUCAAAUUGAACUGUUGAAGGAUGAGCUGUUCAAUUCUAAGAAGGAUAUAGCUUAUGCAAUGGAAGAGAGAGACAUCGCUCAAGAUAGUCUUUCUGCUGCUUAUAGUCAGCUUGGGCAACUCAAAGAACAGAUGAAACAGGAGACUAUUGCCCAUGAGAAAACCAAAAAGGCCUUACAAGAAAGAGAUAAUAUCAUCAAUCAGCUCAAGAGAGUAUCCACCUUGGUGUACAAUGAAUUUAAUGAGGUACAGAGCUUAUAUGAGAAGGAAUCCGCCAUGAGGGAACAAGCUGAACUAAUGGCAUCAGAGUAUUAUGCAAAGAACCGGGAAGCAGAUGCUUACAAGCGUCAGAGUGCGAUGUUAGUAAGUGACGCUAUCAGUGGAGAUGAUAAACUCAUUCAAAGCAUGUCAGAGAUGGAGAACCUCACAAAGGAACUGGAAGAGGAGAAAGAGAGGCAUAAACUUGAGCUGAAGAGAUUACAAGAUGAGCUGGAGCUGUCUGAGAAUCGUGAGAAGAUGGAAACCCUGGAGAACAAGCUAAGCAUCGCUAAGGAAGAGAACGAGUCUCUAGAGAAGAGGGUCCAGGAACUAGAUCUCAGGACUAAGGAACUGGCCUAUGAACUGAAAGAAGCGCUGAGUAAACCCAGUCUUCCUAAUAUUCCACCUCCACCACCACCUCCACCAUUGCCCGUACUUCCUAAGAAUCCACUAGAAAUGCUGCAGAAGAUCAUUAAAAGAAGAAAUCACAACAAAAAGACAGAAACCGGAGUAGAUGGUAGAAAUUUGGAUUGUUAUCAGAAGCAGUUUGAGACAGCUAUGCAGGAUAUGAUUUCCAGGAUUAAGAAAGGUCAGAUUGCUCUGAAACCAGUCAGCAAACCUAGCAGAGAGGACGAACCAAGAGACCCAAGAUCAUCACAGUCUAUCAAGAGAACACACGCAGUACAAGAACUGGAUAAUAUAUUGGUAACUUUGAAGAACAAGAAUAAAAACAGACCCAGAAUACCCCUACCAAAAGGAUCAACACAGACAGAAGCAGACCCACAGUUAAUGAAAAUGCUGCAAAAAAGAAAGGAACGCUCAAAGGAACCUCCUGCAACAAGUGCGAGACCAUCCCCACAACCCACAGCUUAUAAACGCUCUAGUCCAAGAUCUUUAACCUGCAGUACUAGUCUAGACAGUGGUAUUCCACCGAAUAGGACAACCAUCGUGCCUCCCGUGGCUCCUAAGAGAUCCCCUCUUACCUCCACUACCAGUGAUCCAUCACCCCCUAUACCAGAACCACCUAUACCAGAACCAAUCUAUAGCACCGUACAUCAAGAAGAUAGUCCUCCCUCAACCCCCUCCUCUACGCUAUCCUCCAUCAUCUCCUCAUCAUCUCAAGAGAUUGAGAUUCAGAACAACCCAGCUUUCAUCCAUGAUAGCGGUGAUGAGCGUUACGCUUCAGCGGACUUCAUCCCACCACCACCGGACUCCUCCUCUGCCGCUGCGCAUCACAAUGGAGCCUCUAGGGCCAAGUUUACCGUCAACAAUGUCUUUGGAGAAUCAGGAGACUACUCCUUGGUAGAAGAGAGGCAGGAGAGACCAGUGCCAUCGCCACGGCGACAACCAUCUCUUCCCAAGGAGGAACCAGAGCCUUAUUACAGUGAGGUCAAUAACCUGUAAGAUUAAUCAACCUUGUUACCCAGGUAAUUAGUCAUGUGACUAUACUGAUGAAUUAUGAUUUACAUCUAUUAUUCCAUAUAUAUACAAGUGAUGGACUGAUGAUAUAAGUGCUUAUAUCUGAAAUUUGAAUGUAUUAAGGUGACCAAAAAGAGCUCCACUUUCAAUGGAGGGAGGUAAAGCCAAGUCCCUAAAAUGUUUUAUAAUAUCUUUUUUUACCUCAUGGAGGAGUUAUAAUAUUAAAAUAAUAAUUGUAUCAUGUUUGAUUAUGGUGCAUUUUUAUGUAGUUGUACUAGAAAAAGCUCUUUGGGCGUAAUAUAUCAAGUGUAUUUAUGUAUAUUUUCUUGCAAUGUAUAGACUCGUUAUUCAAAAAUGUAGGUAAAUACUAGCCUUUUAUAAAUUCUUACUACAUAAUAUGCCUACCUGAUGUGAUUUAUAUGUGUUCAUUUAAUCUAUGACUAUGGUUAGAGAGACAGUAAAGUGCAUGGUAGCAGAGCGUAUUCAAAAUACAUAUCGCUAGAAACACUUACUGGUAUAAAGUAGUAUUCCAUUAUUGCAUCAGAUAUACAGGAUUUGGUUAACUUUGUUAUAUUCAAUUCUUUCAUUACUGUGCUUAUAAUUCCUUUUAUAUAAAAUAGAGUUUUGAAGCAAAGUAUAAAACUGGACAUCUAAUUGUUCAAAAGAAGUUUUAUUGUUUUUGAAGAAGCUAUUCAUGAUUAUCAGCUAAGACCAUAGUGACUAUAAUUCGUCGCGAAAUAUAAAUUAAUAUUUAUUGUGCACCUUGCUGGCUAGCGUUCACGUCAUGAGCCCUCUCCGGUCCUCCAAGACCAUGUCAAUCCUGCUACCACAUCACAAACCAUUUUCACUUAUAAAUUUGGAAACAGUGGUGUGGUGACUAAAAAUGAUAAUAAUGCACCUUGCUUGCAACAUUUUUAGACAAAGGCUUUAAAUUUUGUAGAUUGGAUACUUUUGUGCAAGAAAGUCACCCAUGCCAAACAAUAGUCAACUCAAUUAAGACAGUCCCAUCAUCUGCUAAUGAGUUUUCUAUACCGGUACACUUCAUCUUAAUACCAAUAAAUGUAAGACCAACAAUCAAGAUUUCAAGGUAUUGAACUCAAAGAUCCAAGCACUGUUUUGGUCAAGAAAUAUAAACCAGUAUAAAACAGCUAGAAGGUUGAAAUGAAAAGGAAUCCUUGGGGGGAAAAAGUACCAAAAAUUUGCUUAUCGGUAGUAUUCUUAAUAUGGUACAUGUGGCAUAGAUUUUGUAUUUUUAAAGAUGCUACAAUUUGUUUUACUGAUAUGCGAAUCAUUGAACAUUCAUGUAGCCCCUUUUUUAUUUAUAGAUAAAGUGGUGUGUGAAAUUAAAUCAGUCUUUCUUAUACAAAUUGGAACCUGAAAUAUUGGUAAUAUUGCCCAUUCCAUUAGCCAUUGACAUUGUGCAUGAUAAAGACCGAGUUGAUUUGUGCAAUAUGAUAGAUUUUAUCCCAUUUAUUACAGAGAUUUUCGGCUUUGAACAUAGAAUAACUUCAUUCACAAAUGUUUGCUUCAACUCAAACAGCUAGUAUUUCAUUGUAGAUAAUAUGAAUUGAUCCAUAAUGCUACUUACAUGAUACUUAAUUAAGUUGAUUUGUAAUUCAUUAUUUACCUUGAAGUCUUGUAUUAGCAUAAAAGCUUUGAUAAGUAUAGACUUUCUAUUAGCACAUGUUUAAUACAACAUGAAAAAUUACAUUGAAAUUUUCUUCCAUCAACAUUAUAUUUUAUGUGGAAUGUUAGAAGGUUGGAUGAAAAUUUAGCAUACAUCCAUUUCAAAAUACCUGAAAAACACAACGCAAAAUUUAAUAGAAAGAUGUUGGCCACAGGUUGUUCUCGUCUUCUUUUGUGAGCAUGUAGAAAAUGCAGAAUGAAACAUGGCAGAAGUAAUCUACAAAUUGAGUACCUAUUCUAUUUUGAAACUGAAUACAUGAAAAGAAAAUAGUUUUCAUGCUUUAUUUGCCUUGUUGUGCACUCUGUCCCGUAAACAAUGAAAUAGAAGUAACUCGUAUCGUUUGAAAUCACGAGACAAUUUAUGUACCUAGAUGCAGCAUUCCAUUGCACACAGGAAUCAAUUGGUCUGUGUAUUAAGCCAAUGGGUAUUAGAAAAUUCAAUAGUCAUUGGAUUAAUUAGUUAGAAUGCAGGAAUCUUUUUAAUCAGAAUAUGAAAUAAUGUAUUUUAUGAAGCAGAGAUUGUAUUAGUGUAUAUACAUGUAUAAAUGAUCUGUAUGAUAUGUAAUUAAUGUGAGCACAUUUUGUCUACUAAGGUCACUUUGUGAAGAGUAUUAUGUUUGAUAUUUUGAAAGAGUAUGUGUAAUUUAUCUGUGUUUAUCUUCAAUGAAUACACCAGUGCAGAAUUUCGAGCACAUAUUCACUUAAACAGGCAUGUAGUGAAAUAUACAUGUAUGUAUGUUUUUAAUGUAGCAUUUAGAUCCAGUCAAAUGAGAAUAACAUAUCUUUAUGUUCAAUUUAAAUCCAACUUUAAAUCUAGGACAAAACAUUGUGAAAAGGCACCAUAUUACUUUUUAUUUUGAAUGAAAGGAAAAAGAAAUGCCAAAUUUGUCAUUGGUGUAAGAGAUUUUAUUGUACAUGUAUGUGUAGGAUGACCCAGCUUUAAUCGAGGCGAAAAAUCCUGAUAUAGGCAUUAUUUAAUUCAAAAUGAUUUUAUAUUUUAUCUCUUCCUCCCCCUCUCUCUCUCUCAUUGUCUAUCAAUCCAUCCAAGUUAGCCUUCAUUUGUAAUUUGGUGAAGGAAAGAAAUAUAAAGUAAUGUAAUUGCUUAACCCUGGAAUAAAUACACUAGUGUAUGAAUGUAUUCUGUUACUGAUGAAGUCAAACUGAGUAACGGCAGUGUGAUAUGUAAGAGAGUAAAUCUAGGUAAGUUAACGAGGAGGUUAAGAAGUGUCCUAACAAAUAAAUGAAAUGAAUAGUUCCAACUAAAGUUUUCUCUCAGUUGAAGUAAUUUCUAUGAUCAAAGUAUUAUAACUUGGUUUCUUUCAUUUUGUGGUAAUAUGUAUUUGAUAUGCAAUGAAUAUGGUUGCUAACAAAAUGCUGCAUCACUUCACCUAAAUUUUGUACAAAUCCAAACUGUGUAUGAUAGAUCGUAAUGGUGUGAAACGUGAUCAGAAUAUUGCAAUUCAAUGCUAGGUUAUUAGGCAAGGGAGAAGAAAAUCAAUGCUUUUUAUACUAAUGCUUUAAAAGCCAUUACAAAAUAUAUUUGUUUUGUUGUUUUUGCUUCUUGUUUUGAUUUAAUCAGAUUAGACCAGUGUAGUUUUCAGGUUGGAACAAAAUCAUGUAUAUUUGCUCAGAAUAUUAGCAAGUCAUUAAAUGUACAUGUACAUAAUAAUGGGCAUGGAUGUGAUACAUGUAACAUAGCUACAUUUCAUUAGCUUUCUGUUUUAAAGAAUUUUUCAUAUACCUGUGGGUAUAUGGAAUAAUACUGCUCAUGUGGAUCUUAGUUCAUUGAAAUGAUUGUCAAAACAAAAACAAGAACAGCAAAAUUCACCCCAAAAAAUCUGCUAUAGAUUCAGGCAAGACACAUGUAUGGUAAUGUCUGCCAAGGCAAGAAAGGUGUCAACUUGUAUACAGUGAGUUAAUCUCCUGGCUCUCAGCUUACAGUACAUUGACUUUAAUAGGGCUCUACAUGACUGGCAAUGUGGAGAUAUAAAACAAAAACAUCAAAAUUACAUUUAAAAAAUCUGUUGUAGAUAUUUCUGUUUCCCUGGCUAGAAAUAUACCCCAAUUAUUAUCAUUAUAUGUUAUUCAGUUAUUCACCAGAUAAUCAUAUCUUCUGCCGAGGCCAGGAGCUUAAUUACAGGGAGAUAAUGUUCCGACUCUAAGCAAAUAAUACUAAUUAGGGCUUUACAUGUCUGGGUACACUAAUUAAUUCCUGAUAGAUUUGAGAUAUUAAUAUGUUUAUAUAGCAGAUUAUUCACAUAUAUGUAUAUUAUUUGUAUAAUGGGUUAAUAUAUUUUUAACGGAAUAUGUUAUUAUUUGCAAUUAUCAUGCAAUGUAUCUAAUAUAAUUAAACCAAAAUAUAUUGAUUUAUUAUUAUAUGUUAUUUUAGGUCUUGUGAUAAUUCUGUGUUUGGCACACGGCUUGGUGGAAUGCUAACAUGUUUCGUGACUAUUCAGAUUAAGAAAAAUACUUUGGAAAAGGGAGGGGGGUAAGGAUGCCCAUAUGAAAGCUUGCUGAUUCAACACUUUUAUCAUCAUCUUAAACUACGAUAUUUUUUUUGUUCUGCUCUGUUAACGGACAUGCAAAAAAUGUGAACAAAACAACUCGAGCAUAAUUAUACUAUCAUGCCAUUAUAUGGUGAUGGUAUAUGUAAAAACCACAAGUUAGUUUUCUUUUGCAAUUUGAAACACUUU